AAAAAGCCGACCAAAUAAACAUUACACUAAUAAAUGUAUAAUAUAAUAAUUAUCAAACACAUAUAACUAUUCGAAACUGGAUUUUCCAUCCAAGCAAAUUGGUUAGAGAAAUGUUAGUGGGGAAGCACGUAGGUGUGAUCUUGACAUCUUGUACAACAACACCAAAGUCUCACCAAUACAACUUUUAUCUUUAGGCCAAAAUUAGACAGGAUCGUGUUUACCACACUAUCUGAUCUUUCCGACAUAAUCUCUCAUCUAACACUCCCUUAAGUACUUGUCAUCCAUUUUUUCUCUUUUCAUAAUCUCCCUUCUCAAACCUUAAACCCCCUACCAGACCAUGACUCCUUUCUUCAUUUUGUGUCUCUCCGUGACACUAUUCUUAUGUCAGUCCUUGGUUAGAGCCAUUAACAACGGCUAUUACGGGUAUAACCCGGUGGCCAGCUACCUACCCGAGAAACCUCAGAACAUCAUGAAUCCGGUGGACUCGUGUUGGCGGCUCAAGUCUGACUGGACGGCCAAUCGCAAAGAUUUAGCCGAUUGUGCCGUUGGAUUUGGUUCAUCAGCCUUGGGCGGCAAGAAAGGUAGUAUAUAUGUUGUCACCAACCCUAAUGAUAAUGCAGCGAACCCUCAACCCGGUUCUCUGCGAUACGGUGUGAUCCAAGACAAGCCGCUGUGGAUCACUUUCGCUAAGGAUAUGGUCUUAACCUUAGAGAACGAGCUCAUGGUCAAUAGCUACAAGACCAUCGAUGGGAGAGGGGCAAAAGUGGAAAUUGCGUACGGACCUUGCAUUACGAUACAAGAAGUGACGAACGUAAUUGUGCACGGUAUCAGGAUCCACGACUGCAAACCGGGCAAGUACGGAAUGGUGAGGAGUAGCACAACGCACGUAGGUCACCGGAAAGGAUCGGACGGUGAUGCGAUCGCGAUUUCCGGUUCGUCUAAUAUUUGGAUCGACCAUUGUUACCUAGCGAGCUGUACUGACGGUCUCAUCGAUGUGAUCCAUGCUUCCACGGGAAUCACCAUUUCCAACAACUAUUUUACUCAGCAUGAUAAAGUGAUGUUGCUUGGACACAACGAUGAUUUCGUGCAAGAUGUGAAAAUGAAAGUGACCGUUGCAUUCAAUCAUUUUGGACCAGGACUUGUGGAGAGAAUGCCAAGGGUACGACGAGGGUACGCUCAUGUGGCAAACAAUAGAUACGAUAAAUGGAUAAUGUAUGCAAUUGGUGGUAGCGCCGAUCCAACCAUUUUCAGUGAAGGCAACUAUUUCAUUGCUUCUGAUAAUUCUAACAGCAAAGAGGUGACAAAGAGAGAAGUUAAAGGAGGGUGGAACAAUUGGAGAUGGAGAACUUCAAAAGACGUUUUCAAGAACGGCGCUUACUUCGUUCCUUCUGGUUACGGCAGCGUUGCGCUUCCAUAUAGUUCUGCUCAGCGAUUCCCAGUCGCUCCAGGGAACUUGGUUCCUUCUCUAACCGCAGACGCUGGCCCUCUUAACUGCUACCGCAACCGCCCAUGUUAUUAGUAUUGAAGAGCUAAGCGUAAAUGCAAUGGAAAAUGUCACAUGUGUGUAUGGAAAAUGUCACAUGUGUGUGUAUACAUACUCUUUUCGAUGUAUCUUAUUUUUGGUAUAUCCCGUUAUUAUCUUAGUUUAUACCGUUUAAUAUGUUUCGGUCUGCUGCGCGCUUUUGCUACAUCAUAUGUGGUUAUGAACGAUGAGAUACAUUAAGAGUUUGUUGCACCAAAUGCAUAUUUUGAUUGAUAUUUGUGUGUAUACAUUUAUAAUUGGAAAGUUUUUCUUAUACCCAAGAUUACAUUUAUAAUUGGUAACGUUAUUUAGUUUUUCUUAUAUUAGAGUCUUGUUAGUUUGGUACGUUAUUUAGUUUUGAAACAACAACAUUAGUAUUAAUUGGUCAGCCUGGUUUAUAUCAUUAUUUCUCCUUUUCUUUAUACUAAAAAUUGUAAUAUAAGGUUCGGCAGCAGACCCAAAAAUCGAAAGCAAAACAAGGAUCGGCGGAUCAAAUAAAAUAAACCAAGAAAACAGAUUUAUAACCAAAUUUUGUCAGAUGAGCAGAAAGCCAUGGGACCGGUCCGCGAAAUUCCAUCAAAUCGAGACCUAUUGCCCAGAACAAAUUAAAAUCCAGACGAAUCCUAUUUCAUCGCGAAGAAUCGGAACUUAAUUACUUUGAAUGUCAGGAAAUAAAUUCACUAGAAUGUCUUUGAAAAGCUUGUUAGGUUGUAUAUGGGAUAUUACUUUUGCUUGUCAUUAUAGUCCCUUAUAUAUAUAGUUCUGAUAUUGAUAGGCGGAUCCAUUAGGUAUUGACUAUUGACUUCACAAACAAAAACUGAAGACUUUUAAAAUCGUUAACUUUAUCUAAACGCAAGCUCAUUCCAACCGCCUUUUAUGUUUCCAUCUAAUUUUCCACGUGUUUGUACAACCAGAUAAUUUCUUACAUAUAUUAGCAUUGAGUGAAUGGAUUGUUUUUGUUCAAUAUAAACUUUCAAAAUUAACAUCAAAAGAAAUUGGUACGACAUUAUUGUAAGAUAGCUACACAUACAAUGAUGCAAUUAACUAUUGUAUAGCAGCAAAAGAAGACUUAGAACAUCGGAUGUCGGCGAGAUAUGGCUAGAGGUCGUAUGAACAUUUUUUUUUUUUAAAAGUCAGUGUUAGUAAUUAACUUUGUAAUUAUUCAUUUGACAAUAGAAAGCUGUACACAUUGAAACUAUUUGAAAGAUGAAAACUAAGAACUAAGCUACACGCACAUUGAUUGAAACAACUGCUUGAGUUGCUUAGAGCACUUUAAUGACAACUCUUAUUGUUGUCUUUAAAAAAAAAAUUAUUUAAAAAUAGUGGAUCUCAUUUUAUAGUCAAGAGUUGCCCCUUCUGCCUCUCCUGUAGGAGGCGACUUUAGUUUGGGUUUUGGAUCGUAAGCGGGCCCCACUGAUACGUGGCGGUCCGCGAUUGGUUCGAUUUUUUUUUUUAACCAAAAGAAGAAAAAAAACAUCUAAAAACUUGUGUCUAAGAACUGUGCCCGUUAAUUAUGCUCUUAGUGUUUGAUUGUUUACUUUAUUUAUCUUCUUUAUUUCUUGAGGUUUGCAUGUUUUCUUGCUCGAUUUUAUUUGUCUUGACUUUUCCUUUGUUUAGGCUUAAUUCUAGAACUUAUUUUAAAGAUAAAUCAUAAUCUAUGUUGGAUAGAUUUAUUUUCCUAAAAUUUUAAUAAGUGAUAACUAAUAGUUAUGUUUCGAUUUUAUAUCAGUUGCGAUUAAUAAUGCCUCAUGGCUCCUGUGAGUCACUAGAUCUAGUUAUUAACCACGAGCUGGAUAGGUAGAUAGUCUGAAGAUCAAAGAGAUCAGAGAAGAAUACACUGUAUCUGUCUUAAAUGUACGUUAUCUUUUUUUUAAAGUAGUCAUUAGUCUAUGUAUAUGUAGUACAUGUAUAUAUGUUUACUCGUAUGUUUAGACCUUCGUAUGUUCUCUUUCUGUUAAACAGAAUUCCAAAGAGUUGAAAUAGAGAGAACUCGAUACAAACAAAACAAAGUCAAAGGAAGUGAGCGGGUCCCAUGGUAAUAUUUGUCAACACAUGAACCGGCAACAACGUAAGUUAACUCUCGGACUACUACAUGGGACCCAUUCGGAAAGCCGGUCGAGCCGACCCAAUCUCGUCAAACUUUUUUUUUUGGUUAAUUUGACCAUAUUUUAGUAUUUAUUACAAAAAAUGCGUCUUAAAAACUUAUGGCAAAAAGUCCUUUAAAAUGUUCAUUUUCUGGCCGGAAAGAUAUAUUAAAGGAUGAAUUCUAUUUCUAAACUCUACAUAAAACUACUUUUAGAUUCGACCCAACUUGCAUUUGGACCUAUCAGAAGUUCGAUUUAGGUCUAAUGCUAAAAUUUACUAAUUAUAAAUCCGAAAAAUUCUAAAAUACGCAGGAAAAAGUGUACUGUGCGAAUCAUUCGAAUCGCAACAAAAUUAAACUACAAACUGUAUCUAACAAUUUGGCGGGAGAAUAAAACGUUGCAAGAAUAUUAGUCUGCCAAAAAAAAAAAAUCCAAUCACGUGAAAAAUGCCGAUUUAUUUGCUAGCGGUGUUUUUUUUCUUCCUCUUCUAUCAUUUUCUCUAAUAUUUUGAUUAUCUGAAAUAGUCAAAAAGAUUUUCUGAAAUGAGGACAGAAUAAACAAAAAUUUAAAUCACAACUGAUUUUUAAUUUGAUAAAAAUAGCUGUUCAUACAAAUCACCUGCUUUUCGCCGCAUUCAAUAUCUUUGGGUAUAUUGACAUGUUCAAUAAGAUUU